UCUGUGUGUACAUAUAUGCUUGCAUAUUUCUCUCUCUCCUCUCUCUAGAAGGUUACAGUAUUUGCUUUUUGUUGCCAUUGUUUUGUUUAUCAUUUCCCUACCCAGAUCUCCCAAGUUUCAACCCUAAAUUCCAAAAUCUUUAUACAAUCAGACAGAUACAAAUACAUAAUAGCCGAUCGAUUGUUUUCUCUUGUUUCUCUAUAUUUUUGUGAAAUUUCAAUUUUGUUCUUACCGAUCUGAGAGGAAGAGAUAGGGUUUGAUGAAGGUCGAUUUCGGGAAUUCAAAACAGCGUUGAUGGGUGAUCACCGAUAUGCCUCAACUGCGUAGCGGAGUGCGCAGAGGCCGUCGACCCGCUGCUGCUCCACGACCCGAUCCGAAUCCGAAGCCGAAGAAGAUUAAGACACCAGCCUUACGGAGAACCAGACGAACUGCAGGGAGGCAAACCGAAGGGAGUGAGGGUACUAUUAGGGAUAAGGAUAGUAAGGAUAAGGCGACAGUGAAUGUUGUUGUGCUAGAUGAUGAUGACAACGAGAGCGGUGAAAGAGUUGUUGGUAAGGUGAAGAAAACGACAUCCUUGGAGGGUGAGGAGAUAAAGAAGGUAGAGAAAGUUAAAGAAGAGGUCAAGAGGAAGAUGGAUCCUUAUGAUAAUAGUGGUGGCCGCGGCAGCGACAAGGGUUUGGGAGCUGAGGACGAGGGCAGCACUGCUCCCAUUCCCGAAAGGGUCCAGGUUGGUAGUUCUCCGGCAUAUCGAAUUGAUAGGAAACUGGGGAAAGGAGGUUUUGGACAAGUGUAUGUUGGUCGUCGAAUUAAUCCACCGAAUCCGAAUGAAAGAACUGGUCCAGGAGCUGUAGAGGUAGCCUUAAAAUUUGAGCACCGAAGCAGCAAGGGUUGUAACUAUGGACCCCCUUACGAGUGGCAAGUUUACAGUGCACUUGGUGGCAGUCACGGCAUACCGCGUGUACACUACAAAGGACGGCAAAAUGACUACUAUAUUAUGGUUAUGGAUAUGCUUGGUCCUAGUCUGUGGGAUGUGUGGAAUAACACUUCCCACACGAUGUCCACUGAAAUGGUGGCUUGUAUUGCGAUUGAAGCCAUCUCUAUUUUAGAGAAGUUGCACUCCAAAGGAUAUGUGCAUGGUGAUGUGAAACCUGAGAACUUUUUGCUUGGUCCACCUGGAACAGUUGAUGAGAAAAAACUUUUUCUCGUUGAUCUUGGAUUGGCUACCCGCUGGCGUGAUAGUUCAACUGGUCUGCAUGUAGAUUAUGAUCAGCGGCCAGAUGUUUUUAGGGGCACAGUACGCUAUGCAAGUGUGCACGCUCAUCUUGGAAGAACUGGGAGCCGUAGAGAUGAUUUGGAGUCCCUUGCAUAUACAUUAAUUUUUCUUCUCCGUGGUCGGCUUCCUUGGCAGGGAUACCAGGGUGAAAAUAAAGGCUUCAUUGUCUGCAAAAAGAAGAUGGCAACUUCUCCAGAAUCUCUCUGUUGCUUCUGCCCCGUACCUUUCCGUCAGUUUGUUGAGUAUGUUGUUAACUUGAAGUUUGACGAAGAGCCUAAUUAUGCGAAAUAUAUCUCCCUAUUUGAUGGUAUAGUUGGUCCAAAUCCUGACAUCAGGCCAAUCAAUACUGAAGGUGCUCAAAAGCUUAUAUAUCAAGUUGGGCACAAGAGAGGUCGAUUGAUGAUGGACGGAGAUGAUGACGAGCAACCAAAGAAAAAGAUCCGAAUGGGUAUGCCUGCAACACAAUGGAUUAGUGUCUAUAAUGCCCGACGCCCAAUGAAGCAAAGAUAUCACUAUAAUGUGGCAGAUGUCAGGCUCUACCAGCACAUUGAUAAAGGAAACGAAGAUGGACUAUUUAUCAGCAGUGUGGCAUCUUGUGCGAAUUUGUGGGCCCUAAUUAUGGAUGCAGGGACUGGUUUCAAUGCUCAAGUUUACGAACUGUCUCCUUAUUUCCUUCACAAGGAAUGGAUUAUGGAACAAUGGGAGAAGAAUUAUUAUAUCAGCGCGUUAGCAGGGGCUAAUAAUGGAAGUUCAUUAGUGGUUAUGUCUAAGGGUACCCAGUAUCUGCAGCAAUCAUAUAAAGUCAGUGAAUCGUUUCCGUUCAAGUGGAUCAACAAAAAAUGGAGAGAGGGGUUCUAUGUCACUGCCAUGGCAACUGCAGGGUCUAGAUGGGCAAUUGUCAUGUCUCGUGGGGCUGGAUUUUCUGAUCAGGUUGUUGAGUUGGACUUUCUGUACCCUAGUGAAGGUGUUCAUAGAAGAUGGGAUGCUGGUUACCGCAUUACAUCAACUGCUGCAACAUGGGAUCAAACUGCUCUUGUUCUGAGUGUUCCAAGAAGAAAACCAGCAGAUGAGACACAGGAGACUCUUCGGACUUCUGCUUUUCCAAGUACACACGUCAAGGACAAGUGGGCAAAAAACCUUUACAUUGCAUCUGUGUGUUAUGGGAGAACUGUUUCCUGAGGCAUCCAAUUUUGUUGAGGACUUCUUAUGGAUUGCAUGGAAUUGACUUCUCUUUCCGAUGAGAUGCGAGGGGUGCUCAUUUCCUGUAAUUUGAGAAAAGAAAGGAUAGCCUUUUUUCCGCUGCCAAGCUGACUGAUUCUGCCAACUUGGUUCUUGAUAGUAUGCUUAACUCUUACUAUCAACUUAUAUAAUUAUUUGUAACACCUAUGCGCUAUAUUGCAAAUGCAUCUAGAUGCUUCAAGCAGUUUGAGAUAUCCAGUGGGUGUAGUUUACUCAUUGGUAGAAGUUUGUAUAGUUUUGAACAAUAGUUACUUUAGAUUGAGCACACAGGCUUCAUAUUGAUUGCUAUAGUAUUUUGGUACGUGCAAUCUAAUAUUGUGCUAUGCAGUCGGUCAACUAUAUGACAUCUUUCCCCUUUUGGGUCCUCAUUUUUAUUUUGGAUUUGCAUAUCUUGAUUUGAAUUUUAUAAUUUUCUGGAAUAACAUUGACCUGGACAUCGAUAUGGACUUAAUUUGUACACAAAUCAACUUAAAUAGCCUUAUAUUGGUAAGGCUAUUUGUUGCA